AUGUCCGCAAAGAAGAAAAUGAAGAGAAAUCAUUCCAGAAAUGAAUUAAAGGAACACAAAGCCCAGCCCCGUCCUCCUGGGAAAUUACUUCCAAUUGAGGAACCAGAUGUCUCAAGGAUAUUGAAGGUAGCGGAAGCAAAUCAACUUGAGGAGCUUGGUGAUUCAUUUGAUCACCCGUUGCACAGUACUGCUGUCGACGCCUAUGGAGAGGAACAAAACGAGUCACUUGGUCAUGUUUCAGCACUGCAAAGGAAAAAUACAGGAAGGAGUAAAAAACCACAUUGCUCAAACAUGUCUGAUGGCGAUGUUCAGAAAUUCAACACAGCUGAUCCUGAAGAUGAACGCCUUAAGGAGAAUGUGGCUCUGAAUUCUACUCAAUUCCAGGUGAAAAAGAAGCGGCCUUCAGAGAAGACCACAUCAGGUCCUUCUGUGGAUAGCCCAUGUUCUGUACGGGUUUGGUGUCCCAAAGAGCUGAAGAGAUCUCCUAGAGAUAUUACGGAACUGGAUGUUGUUCUGGCUGAGUUUGAGAAGAUAGCAGCAAAUUACAAACAAGGCGUAGAAUCGAAUGUUUGCAGAAAAGCUAUCAAUAGCUUCUGUUCUGCUUUCAGGGACCAAAUCACCGAUCUGAUAGUGGAAGUCCAGGAAUUAAAGAAUAUGAAGAAAAAAAACGCUAAGAUAAUAACAGACAUCAAAAAGAAAAGGCAGCGACUGUUGCAAGUCAGAGAAGAGCUAAUUGGAGCUGAACCACAACUGAUACAACUACAAAGAGAAUAUGCUGAGGUAGAGGAAAGGAAAUCUUCCUUGAGGCAAGCAACUGAAUUACUUACUGAUUUAAAGGAGCUACAGCAAGACUGUUUGGAUUAUAGAGAAGAAAACCCAAACAAAAAAGUGGUAUAUGGAACUUCCAGCCUCCCUGCUCUUCUGGUGGAGUCACGGAGAAUUCUAGGAGCAGAAAGACACUUUCAGAACAUUAAUAAGAAACUGGAAGAGGCUCUGGCUGUACAAAGAGGGAAGUUAUCAAAGAAAAGUUAA